CACGAUUCACAAAUCAAACCACUCACGCACGCACGCACGCACGCUCGCUCGCUCCAGUAAUCGACUCGAAGCCCUCGUCUGCACAGCACCGUUCAAAAUGAGUAGUCAGAACAAGCCAAACUCCGGCAAUGGCAAUUCUGAUAACAAGAAGAGAAAGCAGCAUUACCGUCCCCACAACAAAGCAGUGAAGAAGGGUUCAUACCCGUUGCGUCCAGGAGUUCAAGGGUUUUUCAUCACUUGUGACGGUGGCAGGGAGCGCCAAGCUUCUCAAGAAGCUGUUCAAGUUAUCGAUUCUUUUUAUGAAGAGCUAGUUGAGGGAAAGGACCCAGAUGUGAAGCAGACAGUGUUAUCAAAUAAGCCCACUAAUAAAAAGAUAAAGUUCACUUAUUCUGAUUCUGAAGAGGACGAGGACCAAGAUAAUGAGACAGCUGAAGAGGGCCAAGUUGCUGUAGUUUCUGAUCAGCAGAAUGAAGCAAAUCAAGAAACUUCUCUCUCUCCUCAGAAGGGUGAAGUCUGUUCAGAGAAUCAGACAAACGAGAAAGGAGAAGAUGGUAAGAAUGACGAUGAAAAUGUUGAAAAUGAAAACUUUGAAGAUGAGAGGCAACCAGGAAAGAAACAACGCAUAGAAACAGACCAAUCCAAAUGUGAAGAAGUCAUCAAAAGCAAGUUGGAGGAAAAGUCUGUUGACAAGUUAAUAGAAGCUGAACUUGAAGAGUUGAAAGACAAAAGCAAGAGGCACUUCAACUACCUUGAUACUGGCUGCAAUGGUGUAAUCUUUGUCCAAAUGCGCAGGAGAGAUGAAGACCCAACUCCUAAAGAAAUUGCCCAGCGCAUGAUAACUUCUGCUGCCGCAACAAGGAAACACAUGUCCAGGUUUAUUUUAAGAGUGCUACCCAUCGAAGUGACAUGCUAUGCAUCAGAAGAAGAGAUUUCACGAGCAAUUAAGCCUUUAAUUGCUCAAUACUUCCCAGUAGAAGCAGAAACACCAUAUAAGUUUGCAGUGCUAUGUGAGGCCCGUGCAAAUAGCGGUCUCGAGAAAAUGAAAUUUAUCAAUGUAGUUGCAAAAUCUGUUCCAGAACCCCACAAAGUUGAUCUUACCAAUCCAGAGAGGACUAUUGUGGUUCAAAUUGCCAAGACUGUGUGUUGUAUCGGCGUUGUUGACAAGUACAAGGAAUUGGCUAAAUACAAUUUGAGGCAGUUGACAUCAUCCAAACAGUAGUCCGUCUGUAAGGUUUCUUUAGAGCUUAAAGUAGGACUGUCGGUAUCUAAUUUCAGAAGUAACAGACCUGUGAUCUAGACUACCAUAACGUUAUAUACAUUUAGCCAUCAACAUUUGUUAUAUUCCGUCUUUGCUGCUGAUGCCAAAAGGGAACUACAUUUUAUGUUUAAUUUGGUUUGCAUCCCUCUUUUGUUGA